CGGCGCCGGGAGCGGGCGCCAUCUUGUUUCCCCCUAAAAUCCCCCGCCCGCGAUCAAAAGGAAGCGGGAGAGGCAGCAGCUGCCGCCGAGAGCGGGGACGGAGAAGGGCCGGGGAGGCUGACAGACGGCGCGGCUGAGCACGACGCCGGUUGACUGACGGCUGUCUUGCUUCAUCUGAUCUAUUGUGGCUUAUUGCAACUCUUGCCUGCCCUCUGACGAGCUCUUCAUCUACAACAAGGUCUCAGAAUGUCUGCCACUGGAGAUGGUUCAUUUACUACAACCUCGCAGGGAGGUGGGAGCAGUGAAGCCCAACAACUACUCCAGACUUUCUGGCCACGGACCAUGGAAGAAAUACGCAACCUGACACCAAAUGACUUCAAGGUCCAGGAUCUCCCCUUGGCUCGCAUUAAGAAAAUUAUGAAGCUGGAUGAGGAUGUAAAGAUGAUCAGCGCUGAAGCACCAGUGUUGUUUGCAAAAGCAGCUCAGAUUUUCAUUACAGAGCUGUCUCUGAGGGCGUGGAUACAUACGGAGGACAAUAAACGCAGGACUCUGCAGAGGAAUGACAUCGCUAUGGCCAUCACCAAGUUCGAUCAGUUUGAUUUUCUGAUUGACAUUGUCCCCCGAGAUGAGCUCAAGCCUCCAAAACGACAGGAGGAAGUCCGUCAAACCGUUCCCACGUCCGAGCAGGUGCAGUACUACUUCACCCUUGCCCAGCAGCCAACAACAGUACAAGUCCAGGGCCAGCAGCAAGGACAACAGGCCACAACGGGAACGGCAAUCCAGCAGGGACAGAUUAUCAUAGGACAGCCCCAGCAGGGGCAGGUAGUACAAGGAGCAGUUCAGCAGUUACAGCAAGUUCAGGUCGGGCAGUCUCAGACUACAGCAUCAUCAAUCACGAGCACCCCAGUGACCAUGCAAGUAGGAGAUGGACAGCAAGUGCAGAUCGUUCCAGCACAGAGCCAAGCACAGCAAUCUCAGAGCAAUUCAGGACAGACCAUGCAAGUCAUGCAACAGAUCAUCACCAACACUGGCGAGAUUCAACAGAUUCCAGUGCAGUUGAAUACUGGGCAGCUGCAAUAUAUCCGUUUGGCUCAACCUGUAUCCCAAACACAGGUGGUACAAGGGCAAAUCCAGACCCUCACCACAGGCAAUCAGGUAGGACAAGCUGAAGUCCAGCAGGGACAGCAAUACAGUCAGUUCACUGAUGGACAGCAGUUGUACCAGAUUCAGCAAGUCACCAUGCCCCCAGGACAGGACAUCACUCAGCCAAUGUUCAUCCAGUCCACCAACCAGCCUGCAGACGGACAGACUGCCCAAGUCACAGGCGAAUAAUGGAAUCGUCUGAGAGCUUGAAUCGACUGCCUAGCAAGCCAUUGUAUAAGCAGACAACACUUACCAAAUAACAGGGAUGGAAAAUGACAUUUUUUUUAAAAAAAACUUUUUUUCCUUUGUAUUGUGAUAAACAAAAGUAAAUUGUACAUACAGUAUAUAUAUAUAUAUAUACAGACACCCACAUAAAAUGCAAUAAAAUCCUACGGAAUAGAGGUUUGUAAAUUGCAUGUAGGAAACAGGAUUCCAGCUUGCGUCUUACCUAGUGAGUUCGCUGAUUCUUGCUCUCUUUAUAGCUGUCUCCUCUGCGUACAAUGUUAUUCCUCAUUUCAGUUUAAUCAGCUUUUUAAUUUUGUGCCUACAAGUAAACCUGCGGUGAUCUGGAGUAACCCAGCAAGACAUCAUCUUCAGCUGGUUACGAAUGGAUUGUCUUAAUCCAUGGUUUCUCCUGGAUACACUGUCAAGUCAGAGUUUGUGCUCAAUGUUGAUACCAAUUACUUUAUUUUUUGUUUUCUAAAUCAAUUUGUGCAGGUUGAUCCAAACGGAAAGGAAGGAAAGUUUAAGUGGUGUGAUAUUCCACCUUAAUCGUGGGGUGGUGGGUUCAUUUCAUGUUUUUGACAGUCCUUGCGUGUUGGAAUAUGUAAAUUCACAGAGUGCAAGAGUACUUCAAACUGAAAGUGAGUUUGAAAAAUGAAAUGGUGCAAAUUUGGGGUUCAGCACUGGAUGCAUAUGACUUGGUUCCAGCAACUAUACUGCUUUAAGUGCGAUAACCCGAAUCUUCAAAGCUUUGGCCUGCCCAGCUACCUUUGGACUGCCCAGCAAAUAGUCUGCAUAUGGUGAAAUAUUUAUACCUUUACUCAUGUUAAGUAAAUCUCAUCCCUGUCCGGCAAUUUUUCUAAAAGGAUAAUGCUCAGGGGAGGAAUUCUGUUGCAAAUCAAUUUCCCAAGUUGAGUGGAUGUUCACUGUUACUGUCAAGUCUUUUGGGAGGUGGGGGGAGAAUGGGGUUAAGCCCCAAUUUCAAUACUGCAGUAUAUACAUGCUGAAGUAGCAUUGUGCUCUCGCCAAUUAGAGGAAUUAAGGAUUUCUUCCCACCAAUUUUGUUAAAACGAUUGUAACUUGGUUUUCUUCAAUUCAAAUAUACAGUAAGCCUCACAAGUCGUAUCAGUUGGGACCAUAUAUUUAAUGAGACUUAUUAAAGUAUGAGUUAUGUCAAACCUGCAUAGAAAGAAGCUCUUGAACGGGACAUGGGUAGAUGUUUGAUUUAGGCGAUUAUAUGAUUUAUAUAGAUCAGACUUUAGACAGUUUUACUGUACCAGUUUGGGUGGGGGGGGAGAGAGGCAGCAAUAUUUAGUGUCGUUUUACUUCAGUUUGGUUGUAAUGGUGACUGUUUGCACUAUGCUGAGCCACUGAGGUUCGAGAAAUUGGUCAAGUCCUUGACAGUGCAAAUACAGUGAAGAUUAAAUCCUGUGUUACUGCCCAAUCACAAUUUCUGCCACUUUAUUUUCUUAUGUUAGCAAUUUUUCGAAAUCAUCUUGCCCCUGCCCUGCUAAAGAGAGCAAUUCAUUAACAGUUACCAUCAGUUACUGGAGCAUCUCCAUCAAGCCUGCCUGUUCUGGCUGGGUUUGAAUGGACCGUGUUGUCGGUCAAAGUGUGCUAUUUUCAGAUUCUAGAGUCGAAUAUGGGCGUCCUUCAACCUCAAGCACAUCAGACCCUGUUCCAAUCGUAGACCACCUUGGAACAGAGUUUCUGUAGGUAAAUUUGAUGAACUGUUUAAGACGCCCCAUUAGGAAUUGCUUAUGAGAACCUCAGUGUGAAGGUGCUUCAGGGGAGGAGACUGAGUGGCUUUGGAUGGAAUAAGUGUCUUCACAUCUGAAACUUCUUAAGGACUGUCCAUUUGAUAUUCUGUAAUUACUGAGUCGAGAUCAUUUCAUGUCUUUGAUAUGUUACAGUGAUUUGUUGACUGGAUUUGUUGAUCAGGGAUUGACUUUGAAUCAAUGGAGAUGACCCAGAAUCAAUACGACUGAAAUGAUUUACUGAUCUGUGGCAAGUCUGGAAGAAUCUGGUGUGGGUGUCCAGACUGAGAGCUGCCCUUUUGACCUGAUUGUAAUCACAGUUGUGUCUGAUUUGAGGGUUAAUUGUUGUUAAAAUUGGCCUCAUUUGCCAGUGUGGGUCUGAUCCUCAUUCAUUUCUUCAUCCUCCCACUUGCAUGUAUGUAGCCAGUAGCUGUUGUUACAUAAAGGGAACGGGUAUAUUGCAUCUUCCAAGUUUGUUUGGGUUUACUGGAAGCUCAGUGAGUUAAUGCACACUUUGUCCAUCCCAAGAACUUGCUUCAAAUUCACAGCCCACAUACUGGGGUGAAAGGCUCCAUGUUAGUGUGAGGCAUUUGUACCUAAUGCCAACAGUUUUGAAUCCACAGCAUGAAAGUGCCCCAAAUUUGGCAUUGGCUUCUGGUGCAACUUGGAGUAGGAUGGGUAAUAUUGGAAAUAGUAUAUGUUGGAUACAGGAAAUCUGUUUUUUUUCUUAUGUCUGAGAUAUGAAAGCUUGAUAAUGAUCUGGUACCCAUAUUGAAAAUGUGUUUCAUUUGCCUGUUUGAACCAUUCCAUACAGAAUUACCUUUGCCAUUGUUUCAGAUUUCAGUGUUUUACUUCUGCAUUUUGUCUCUUUUAUAAUAAGUGUAUUUUACAUAUGGCCCAUACCUGAGUUAGUGUUCGGUUUAGUCGCUAAAGGAGCAGUCUAAUUUAUAUUGAACACAGUUCAUUGUUGAAUAUUAAGUAAAAUAGCCAUUUGUUUAUUUGCCCCCAAAUUUUCCGUCCCCUAAACCUGACCUAAAAACUUAUUUGAAGGCAAAUGUACCUCCAGCUCUGAAUGACUUUGCCUGAUUACAUUGCUGCUGUUCUCUUGCCGACACAAGCUCCCGUUUCUAAACCUUGUAGCCAUGCUUGUCUGUGCCUGAUUGCCAAGAACAGCUCAGGAUGACCUCUUGUUUCCAUGUGCUGAAGAGAACUGACACAUCCUGGCAGUCCUCAUUUGGGGGAAUUUGGGUUGGAAUAAUGAUUUAGCAAGGUUAAAAUAAAAGUAUAGCAACUUCUUGUAUUCCCUGGAAAAGCUGAUUAAGUAUUAAACAACUACAGCACCCACUUCCUUGUCAUCAACUAAAAUGUUUGCUGUAAAAUAUACUUCAUCGGACUUGUAUGCAAUUAGUCGCCUUAUAGUUCACAUUUAGAGCCAUGUUACCUGGGAGACCUCCACACCGAUUCCCGUUAAAUUCCUUCCCUCACCGUUUGGAAAAAGUACCAUUUAUUGUACGGCUUUUAUAGUUCAUUCCGUUUGUUCUCUGAGAUUAACUGAUGCAGACACAGCCACAUUGAGGCCACUGUCACGUUUUCAUAUCCGUCCUCUUGCAAUUAUUUGUACUGAAGUGAACGUGUUGGGAAGAGGGGUUGAUGUGCAGUGUCUCCUAGGAGCAGUAUCCUGUGUGUACCGGUUGCUCUGGGGUGGUGUAUCUGAAUAAAGGUUUUAUUUUUUUAACCAAUGUGUGUUUAGUUCCCACAUCCCCUACAGCAGUGGUCAACCCUGCUUUGUAAAUCCAAGUUAGAAAGGGGGAAGAAACCUAAUUGUACUUUAAUCUUAGUUACAAUUUUGUUACUCCCCUUAUUCUGUAAAACACUCUGGAUCCAUUCUUUGUUUUACGAUGCUGUGUUAAGAAUUUUCUGACAUGUGGAGGCUUUGAUAAAAGCCAACCCUUUGUAUAUCUUUAGAAAUAAACGUUUUGUUAUAAAA